AUGGAGAGCAACCCGCGCAAGCGCAAAAUUGUCGAUCUUCGAGCUCCGGACAAAGCUGUCGAAUUGAGCGCCUAUCGAGAUCAACGCUUUCAGGGAUCGUUGAAGCAGCAAGAACAGCUUCUCAAAAAUUCGACCACUUUAUAUGUUGGAAAUCUAUCCUACUUUACUAGAGAAGAGCAGAUCUACGAACUUUUUGGCCGAGCUGGUGAUGUGCGCAGGGUGAUUAUGGGACUUGAUCGCUUUAAGAAGACACCAUGUGGCUUUUGUUUUGUGGAGUAUUAUACUCGUGACGAGGCAGAAGUCGCUCAGCGUUGCAUUAAUAGUACGCGACUGGAUGAGCGACUCAUUCGUACGGACUGGGAUGCGGGUUUUGUAGAAGGACGUCAAUUUGGACGAGGAAGACAUGGAGGACAAGUUCGCGACGAGUACCGAAAAGACUACGAUCCUGGCAGAGGUGGAUGGAACAAGAUUGUGCAAACACGAAAUGAGAGAGAUCGAGAUGAC